AUGACUAAAUAUUUUGGUCCUCCAGGACAAAAUCCACCACCUCCACCUCCACCACGUCCACCACCACCACCAGGACCUUUUGGUGAUCGUACCAAUAGAAAUCAACCACCACCUGGAAGACCAAAUUCAACUAAUAGACCUCCACAAUUUCCACGUAAUAAUAAUCAGCCAGCUAGAUCUCAACAACCAAAUCGUCCUUCAAGACCUUUACAACAAGAACAAAUUCGUCCGACAAAUAAUCAUAGUGUACCGAAAUGUAAUUGUAAUGUUGAUGCUAAAGAACUAACAGUAAAAAAAGACGGUCCAAAUAAAGGUCGAUCGUUUUUUCGAUGUGGAAAUAAUGAUAAUUGUAAUUUUUUUGCUUGGAAAGAAGAUACAACACAAAACUUUGCCGGAGGUGGCCAACGACAAUUUGGAGAUAAUCAACUAAAUGCAACUCAUCAAAGACGAAAGUCAGAUAAUGAUGAUGAUACAAAACAGCGAAAAUGUGGUCUUUGUAAACAGAUAGGUCAUACACGUCGAAAUUGCCCAUCAUUAUAA